UGGCCGCUCUUGUCCUCCGCGUGGUGCGACCUGAGCCGUCUCCCUUAAGGCUUUCCCCGCAGCUGGCCGAGAGCCUCUGCCGCCUGGGUACCCCCCUCCUGCUCGGUGGUGCCCCACAUCUCCCCCACCCCCGGGGCCCUUCCUGCAUUUCCUCGGCGGUGUGUUGAUUCGGGGGACUUUCUGUUUGUUUUCUCCUCUUUCCUCUUUGUUGCUCUAAAACCGGCCUCUCCGAAGCCCCUCACUCCGAAGGGAGCUCGACUUCUGGAGAAAGGCGGCCGCGGCGGACUCACCGUCCCCACCUGCGGACCGGCGAGGGCCAGCGAGCCGGUGCGCCCUCCCGCCUGCCUCCCCCGCCGCCUGCGUCCGUCCGUCCGCCUGGGAAGCCCGCCGCGCGUUCAUUGAUGCACCCAUUCCAGUGGUGUAACGGGUGUUUCUGCGGCCUGGGACUGGUUAGUACUAACAAGUCCUGCUCAAUGCCACCCAUCAGUUUCCAAGACCUUCCUCUGAACAUCUACAUGGUCAUCUUUGGUACAGGCAUCUUUGUCUUCAUGCUUAGCCUCAUCUUCUGCUGUUACUUCAUCAGCAAACUGCGGAACCAGGCACAGAGUGAACGAUACGGAUAUAAGGAGGUGGUGCUUAAAGGGGAUGCCAAGAAGUCACAAUUAUAUGGGAUGUUUCCCAAGCCCUCUUCUAGAAGAGUAAUUCAGUUGAGAUUGAGGGGGUUCAUAUAUAUGGACAGAAGGCUGGAUUUAAAGAAGCAGACCUGUGCAGUCUGUCUGGAAGACUUCAAGGGGAAGGAUGAGCUAGGUGUGCUCCCGUGCCAGCAUGCUUUUCAUCGGAAGUGUCUGGUGAAGUGGCUAGAAGUACGCUGUGUCUGCCCCAUGUGUAACAAGCCCAUCGCUGGCCCCUCUGAGGCCACUCAGAGCAUCGGAAUCCUAUUGGAUGAGCUGGUGUGAGGGCUGCCUUUACAUCAAGGCCUGGAGAAGACGUCUUGCCUCAUGGGUGCCUGGUCCCUCUGCACAGCUGCAAUGAACAAGACUGUUGGGUGAUAAUGGUCAUGCCUACCUGAAGGGGAGGUAGCACAGGGCUGGUCUCCCACCAUCAGUGAGAGGCCAGACUUGCCCCUCCUUCCUGCCUCCUGAAGUCUUCCCUGCUACUCAGUAUUGAAAGCAUCACCCAUCGAGACCAACGUAUCCUGGUACUGGAUGAUUUCCCUGCCUGACCCUGCUCUGGGGGAAGCACACAGUAGAGAUAGAGACCGUAUGACCACAAAGCCCUAGAAGAAGGGAUGAGAUGGGCUCUGUCCUCCCCUGUGCCCCCCUCCUUCCAUCAGAAGGUUAGAAGGGAAGGAAGAAAAGAUCAAGGAACCAAGUGCCUCCAGUGGAAGUGAGGGAGGCUCUGUAGGAAGUUAGGAAGAGCAGGGACAUAUCAAAGCAAAGUCAAUGUUUACAUGGGACCUAUGGGAACAAAGGCUGGCUGGCCAGCCUGGCUACAGGAUAACGGAGGGCCAUCCCUCCCCCUGCUAGGGUCUGCGGUGCUAUCCAUUCGCUCUCUUCCUCCGUCAAUCUCGGAGCUUCCUAGUCCACGUCGGAGUCUGAGUGCCCCUCUAGAGGAAGGGCUUGUUUUACACUCACACGGAUUUCCAGGGGCUUUUUCUAAAGGAGCAAAGGGGGCCUGGGGAAGGGGGUGUCUGAAGGUGAAAGUAGCAACAGACACCUUCUUCCCCCUUGUAAAUAGUAUUUUUAUACUUCAUCCUCACCAUCUCAGGAUUUAUAUAUGGAAUGGAGGGGGUGGGGGUUUCCGUUCCUCCCCAGAGUGGGUGAGGGUGGGAGAAGGUAUGUAUUUAAAGAAAAUUAAA